UGUCGGCUCUCCAGCUGAGGCGUGGAGGGUUAUUUGAAUUCCCGUCUGGACAGUGUUUUUAGUUUCUUGUCUUUUUGUAACAAAAAUAAUUUUAUAUGGCAUUGGAUGUGCCAUUACAUGUUUUUUACAUAGGGUAGACAUAAAGUUUUUAUACACAUAUUUUAAGGCUAUAAACCGGCGUCGUUUUGACAUUUGCACGACUGUUUUGUAUUGUUGAUGCAGAACAUGACUAGUCCAGAGCUGAAUGCGGCUGGCAUUGAGGGAGAUGAGGAGGUGAGAAAGUUAUCCUCCUCAGAAGAAGAGCAUGUUUCUCUCUUGGGUGACACCUCAGCCCCCCUGAAUUUCUCCCAGCUCUCACCCUCUCGAUUUGGCAUUUCCACCCAGAGUUUCAUCCCAUCUUCAGCAAACCACAAAGAUAAGUCUCGUCUGGCUCAGCUAAAGGCAAGGCGGAGGAGUAAUAUUGGUGUCCGGGGUUCCCCGGAGACAAACUCCCUCAUCCGCUACAUGGCACAGCAGAGAAUUAAGACCCCACCGACCUAUCAAACUCCAGAGCCUUUCAAAAACAGUCCCUUCCUUCCCCGAGUUGCUUCCACUCUGAGGCAGAAGAUGGCCUCCUUCCAGAGCCUGAUGGAUGUGGAGGAGAGCGAGGUCUGUGGUCCAGCGCCAAGGCAGGACAGCGAGACUGGAGGAUGUGUCGAGACAAGAGAUUAUCUGUCUGCUGAGGAUGACAGAAGCCUUGAUGGUGGGAAGGAGAACUGCCCGCCCAUGAUGACACCCACACCCAACAAGCGAAGGCGCAUAGGACCUGUCAGGGACUGUGUGGGGGAGAUUAGGGGGGCCAGCACUCCUAUCCUCCGGCACACCAGUUUAAAGGAACAGGAGGCUGACAAAGAACCGGCGAUACAGGAUGGGUUGCAAGGACCAAUUCCAUCCAGUGAGUCGGUGGCUGAUGUCCAAGCUGUGCUGUUUUUUCCACCCGUUCACCUUGAUCCCCCUUGUGAUCUCCAAGCCUGUUCCCCUACUGAUCAACAGACACGACAGGAGGGUUUCUUUGAACUCCAAAGCCCCAGCAGUCAGUCGAAGGACCCAGCAGCUGUUGUGCCAGCCCAGACUGCCUCCGCCUUCCCCAUGCCCUCCCUGCCUUCUCUGCAAGAGAUGCAGCCCACAGGGGUGGUCAGUUCCUCCGGAGCCUCCACAUUGAAAAAGAAGAAACAAGUACGCUUCGGAGGUCCACUGUCUCCUGAGUUCUUUGACAAGAACCUCCCACCCAGCACUCCACUGCAGAAGGGGAGCACUCCAGCCCGAGCACCCACCCCAGGAGAAGGCUUUCAACUGCGCUCAGUGCUGAAGACCCCUCAGAUGAGUGAGCCAUGCCCCUCCCUGGCCCAGCUGAACCUAAGCAGCCCCUCAGUGUUUGGUGCCUCACCUACUCUGGCAAUGCCUCGCAGCGGUAGAAAGCAAGCUGUGGGCGAGGAUGCUGUAGAGAAGUGUGGAAAGAUUGCCUUCCCUUCAGUGGAGGAGCUUGACUCUAUGUUGACAAACAGCACAGAGUGUACCUGGGAAGCCCAGCCAUUGGAUUUAAAUGCUGCUUUCCAAGAGGAGUCUCUUCUCGAGAUGCUGACAGCUCCUGCCCUAGAGGCCAAACCCAGUGGGCCCUCCAAGAUCGAUAUUCUAGAUGUGCCUGAACCCCUGCCAGGAAUGGAAAUGCAGCCUGAACCUCAUAUUGAAGCUCUGAUCCCAGCUCCACCCCGUUUGAGCAAUCGAAAGAGAGAGGCAGGACCAGAGCCUAAAUCGAGAAUUGAAGUUCCAGUUCGCUCCAGCAGCCGUAAGAGAAAGCAGCCAGAGGACAGCAAACCUGUGAAGAGGUCAACACGCUCCGCUGCCAAGUCAGCCUCUGGGAAGAUGAAGACCUCCAGUGUGAAGCGUCGGUGGGGCAAUAAGGAGGUGGACCGUUCCUUGUAUGGUUCCAGGGAGUAUGCUUCCAAGAACCCCAACCUCAGCCCCAUCACUGAGACCCUGUCCUCCACCAGCCGAUCUCCAACACCUCAGGAACCUCGCUCUAGGAGAUGUACAGCUUCCAGAGAUACUCCAAUCAAGUCCAACCUCCUGCUGGUUCAAGAUCAGGAGUCUCCUCUUUCUCUGUCCUAUGUGGGGAGCCUUAUCAACAGUGACUCCAUCACCGGGGUGGCUAUGGGUGCUGCUGUGCUCCAUUAUGGCUCACCAGCAACUAACAACACUCAACAGAUAGUUGACAUCACCACUACAAGCCCCCAGGGAACUCCUUCAGAAACUCCUGCUGAACCUGCGGCCCCCAGUAAAGAUGGGGCAGUAGGGAAGGGUAAAAAGCACUUGGGGCCGAAGCUGAGCUGCGGGAAUGGCAGGGAGGUCAGAGGGAGAAAAUGGAAGGGAAGGAAGGUUAGUGUCUCUGCUGAUGACUGCCUCAGUGAAGAGUGUCAGGACCAACAGGAGACUUGUGGGAAGGGAGACGGCUGCUGUCAAGAAGAAGCUGCUACAAACCAAAAGGCAUCAGAGGAAACCUCAUACAAAUACAUUGCAACUGAAAAUGUGGAAGUUAACACUGGAGAGGUUUGUCUGCAGACCCCUGUAGAUAAACCCUGCACACACACAGAUUACAGCGCAGAAUGUCAUACAAGUGUAGAAGCACCCACUUUGGCCCACACGUUCUCAGAGGUGGGAAUCAGUGAGACUGUGAGCUUUUCAGACAAGAAUUUGGCAAACCAGAGGAAGUCAGCACCGAGAAAUGCAGAGGCUGAUAUGGGAGCACGGUGCAGGUCCAGAGGCAGGAGGAGCUCUGGAUAUCAUUCAGUGCCACCAGAGAGUAAGGAGCAGACUAGCCAGGCAGCAGAGCACCACACAGACCACAAAGCAGAGGAGAAGAAACUGCGAGACCAAGCAGCCAGCCAACUGGAAGCCAACCAUCAGUCGAGCUCAGCCCUCGCUCCCUGGCAGGCAGAGUUCAACUUAGAGGAUGUGUUCAAACCUGUUGCCACUAGAGGGCAGCGCUCAGUGCGCCGAAGCCUGAGAAACCAGAGCAACGUAGACCACAGCAGUGGAGAUUCAGGCCUGGCCUGGCUGCCCCGGACCUCCCCUGACUCCAGCACACAGGCUCGCAGGAGGACCCGGGGCCAAAAGCUCAGUGGCACCGCACCCGUCCAAUCUCCCUGAGGAAACGCCUGGUGAACGCCUCCCGCUUCCUCAGUAUAAAGACACUUUCUCACUAAACUAUGCUUUUAAUUGCCACUAGAUCUUCCCAGCUAAUUGGAGAUGUCUGUCUAAGUGACUCUGAGUUUUUGUCAAAAUCAGUUUUUACCAGGUAAUUCAUGUAAAUAGAAUAAAAAAGAUUACAAUGUCAUGUUCUGGAUCAGCAGUUAGUGAUUUCAUUAUUAGCUGAGAUUUCAGGGGAUAUGCAUUGCAUUGAUUUUUCUUUACGUGUACCUCCCUUGUUUUCCUAAAAUAAAUGGAAAAAUGAUUCCAA